UUGGAGCGAACGCUUCGCCAAGGGCGAGUGGAGGCCCGGGGGCGGCGCCCCCCGGAAGGGGUGCGAUCCGGACAGAAGGCUGCUGGGCUCUGGGCCACGAAGAGGGGCCGACGGGCCAAAGGUACAGCGGGGGCACUUACUACUUAUUUUCAUGCCUCCGGGGGCAGGGUUUGGAGGUUUGGCGUUACCCUCAGCAAAGGAGGUGGUUCGGGGGCGUCCGCCGCUCAUUGCUCGGCUGUCUAGAGGCCGUGGGUGACGUCACAUCGUCCGCGACUCCACAGCUUCGCCACCGAAGGCCCCACACUUAUUGGAUUCGGCCCGAAUUCGACCAGAAAACACUUCACUCUUACUUGGGUCGCCUCAACGCCGAUCAACAUGGCCGUCGGCCCGAUCUCGCCCGAUUGUGACGUCACACCCCCACCUAGACCAUGAAUCGCCCGAUGCUCGAAGACGACUCUUGCAAUUUGACACGGAUUUUUUAUUUUUAAUUCACAGUCCGCCGUAACUGCUGCACGGAAAAGUUGCUAAACUCCCCUUGAAAUUUAAAAUUUGCAUAAAUAAUAUUUCAUACACAAAUUUUGUGACAAUAAUUUAAAUUCAAUUGGCAUCGAUAAUAGUGCGAUACGAUUAAACCGCUUUUGACGUCACACAACCCCCUCCCCGCCAGACCGGCCGCUCACGUCAUUGAGAUCACGGUUUCUGAUUGGUCACAUCUAGCAGCGCCGCAAUACGAACGCGCGAACUUCCUGAAACUAUUAUAGGGGAUUAAUUCGAGAUUGACAUGAGCUUUCCAACGGUGUAGUAACUUUUCCUGGAUUUUCCAUUGAAAAUAUAGUCAUAAUAAUUAAGUUCACGAACAAAAAAAAAUAAAAAUAAGUUGCUUUAUGCAAGUUAUGCAACCCACUUGUCAAGUCCAUCCUGCAGGUUGCAUACCCCGCCCCUAAAUUUUAUUGAAAUUGAAUCAAAUUGGGCUAAACAUUUUCCUCACAUCCCUCAACAAUAAAUGUUGUUAAAAAGAGUAUUAAUUGAUUUAAUUAACGUAUUCAAUAAAAAUUAUCUGCAAGCCGGUUGCAGCUGUUUGCUCACGGCGGACGAACGAACCGCGAGGGCUCGAUUAAUAUAAAAUGUUGCGCAUGAGCCGAAAAAGGCGAUCCGUGGGUCUAAACUCGCGCUGCCGAAGCUUUCACGGAGAUUCCGUGCGCGUACGGCUACUCCGCCCUUUUUAUUUGACAGAUGGCAACUGGAUGGCAAGAAACAAACGGCAAAGAUAGUCAACUAUGAAGAUAAACGAGAAAAAUUUGGCCGCCUUUGCGACUUCUUCGACACCAGUCGACCGCGAUGGCUUCUUGCUCAAGAGAGGAGAGACCAAUAAGGGAUACCAGAAGCGAUGGUUCGUCCUCAAAGGCAAUCUGCUUUUCUACUUUGAAAAGAAGACUGAUAGAGAACCUGUGGGAAUUAUUAUUUUGGAGGGCUGUACAAUAGAACUCUCUGAUGAUGAGGAGAAUUUUGGUUUUAAAGUCGUUUUCCAUGGACCCGGGAAUCGAAGUUACUACCUCGCAGCUGAGUCACAAGAAUCAAUGGAAGGGUGGAUGAAAGUUCUUUCUUGCGCCAGCUACGACUUUAUGAAACUAAUGGUUGCCGAGUUGCAGAAACAGCUGGAUGAUAUUGAUGAAUGUGCUAGCAGUAAUAAUUUUCCUAAUGCACCACCACGGCAACGGCACAACCCCUUUAACAGAAAAGAAGACGCAACUCCGCAAGGAGCAGCCAUGACCGUCUCUCUUGCCCACCAAAGGUCGCAAAACCUUCGCUCCAGUUACAGGCCAGAAGACCUGUUUCGACAGAGAAGUUCCACAUUUAAUGAGCUCCAUGUUACAUAUGGAAAACUUAUCCUGGACUUGUGCCCAAUUCAACCAGCCACAAAGGAGCCUGAUCUUCUUGUUGAUGUUUAAUUUAUUUAAUGUUAUCGUUUCUACUUUCUAUUAUUUAUUUUCUAAUGUGAUCAGAAUUAAUAUCAAUUCUUUGUGAUUCAAAUCAUCACCCUGUUGCUAAAGAGAUUCUAGUUUACCUACUUGUUCACUCUGAUGCUGCCCCUGUCAUUGUCAUUAAAAGUUAAAAUUGUAUUAGAAAAAAUAAUUAAUUAUAUUCUGCAAACCUCUUGACA